AUAUUCUAGAUAGUAGUCCUUUGACUGGGGAACAGCUGCUAAAAUUUUUUUGCCAGCACUCUGUUGGUGGUCUCACUUGCCUUGCAAAAUCUUCUUUUGUUUGUUUCUUUGAGCUAGGGUCUCCAUAUGUGGUUCAGGCUGGCCUUGAACUCGGUGAUUGUCCUGCCUCAGCCUUCCAAGUGCUGGGAUUACAGGCGAGUGCUGGUUGUUGUUGGCUUAAGGGUCUGAGAGACAAAAGCUAGAGCAUUUGGACAAAGGGGUGCUGUCUGAAGGCCUGGGGGGCUGGCACCUGGGAGCAGAGAGGGCAGGAAAGCAGCAGCAGGAGGCCCCUCUCCCAGGAGGCUGUGGUGGCCGAGCAUGCCCCUCCUCUCUGGGGCCAGCCAGGCCCUGGGCUUCUGCCUGCUCCUCGGCUCCACCCUGCCCCACUUUUUUUUUCUAUUCCUAAUUUCCCAUCUAAUUUUCAAUUAAACUUUUCAUUUUGAGAUAGGUCAAUUCCCAGACAGUUGUGAGGAGGAACCGAUUCCUUUCCUACUGUCCUCCCAUCACCCUGCAGAGCUGCAGCACAAGUCACACCAGGACACUGGCACUGACAGACGCAGGGGAGUCCACACCCACAGGAGCCCACCUGCCCCCGGCCACCCUCCUUGGCCUCUGCAGUCACCGCCAGCUCCGUGGUGUCCCUCCAGCAAGUCCGCAGCCCUGUCCCUGCUGCUCUGGACAGUGUGUUGCGGCCUUGCCUUGCACUGCUGAGCCACACGUGGCCAGGGAUGCAUGCUUGUUGUCAGUGUGUGAGCCAGGGUGUCUGAGAGAGGACAGUGAGCACGGAGAGGCUCAGCACCGUGUCUAUGGGCGGCAAGUCCACGGCAGGGUUCGGAGCUGGGCCACCUGCCCCUGCCCCCAGCAAGCCUCCCACAUCCUCUCUCCCUCUGCACCCCCACCUGGCCAGUGGGGCACUGAGUGGCAGAGCCAAGGGAGGGUGGGCAGCACAGCUGCCUGCCGGGCCGAGUUGUGUAGGUGUGUGAGGUGAAGAGGGAAGAAUGUGGCCAGAAGCUCCAGGGGGGGACAGGGCACUGCAGACCUUGGGAGCUCAGGCUGACGCUGAGGCUGUGGCACCAUCACCUGGCUUGUGAGGUCUGGAAAGGGAAGACUGGAGGGUGCAGGGAGAGGGAGGACAUGGGCCUGGGGGCUAGAGGAGGGGGCCACGUUGGCACAGAGGGGCUCCCUAGGCAGAGGACACAGGUUGGAUGGCACCCGUGCAGCUGGCACCAGGGCUGGGGCCUGGCACCUGGUCAGCUGACUGCAGGGUGCGGAAGGGGUAUGGUGUGGGCCCUGCUGGGUCAGGACCGGCUGUUAUGGCACAGUGUGGGAGGUGUAGGGUGUAGGUGUGGAGGAGCAGGUCAGGGCACAGGGUCGGUGGGUGCAGCAUGAGGGUUGCAGGCUAGGGUAGGCUGAAAGGUCAGGCUGCAGAGCCCGCUGGGUUGGACAGUCCAGGGACGGAUGGCCCAUUUCCCCGGGGCACUCUGUGGCCUGGUCACUGAAGACCCUCUGGGCCUCUCCCUCUCUGGGGGGUCCUGGGGGUUUAGACCUUCCGUUCGGGUCACCAGGAGAUCAGUGGGCCUUCUUUGGGAGCUGAGUCCCCAUUGGCCCACGGAUUCCCCUCUCAGUCUUGCCCAGGGAGGGAGGAAGGAGGAAGAAGACUGCUCCGCCUUGGAGCCCUUUUCAACAGCAGUAGCAUGGGUGGGCAGGCUUCUGUGCUGUCACUGCCCCUCUUCCCCUCUGACUCUGCCACUGACCCGCCACCUGCCCCUGGGCUCCAGCUGCACACGGAAUGUGCCGAGUCUAGAGGCCAGGACUGUGUGGCUUUGCAAGACAGGCAAUAUCUGAGGAAUCGGCCUUCAGUUUCCCAGUGCGUGACCCCCGCAAGGUCUCCUGGGGUGGGGGUGGGGCUCUCACAGCCAAAGGAGGCCUCCCUAUGGCUUCUCAGUUGGAGACGGGAAGCUGGGUUUCCUGCCAGGUUUCCUGCAAAACUAGAUAUGGAGGACUUAAGGGAACUGCUGUACAAAAACCCUGGCAGGCAAAUGGAAGGCAGACGAUGGGGAAAAUCUGAGCAGGGCUGUGCAGCGAGAGCCUCGGAGGCACGCCCAAGGCCUCCUCGAUUGUGCAUUUGCCACGGUAUUCUUCUGGAGCCCCUCACCCCCAGCGAGCUGAGUCUCCACUUGUACCGCCCGGGGCCCGUGGCCCUCAAGCUGCGCUCGCUGUGGGCAGGGGCUUGGCCAUCUGGCCUCUUGCCAGAGGAGUGGUGCACUCGAGGAUUACAGCUGCGUCCCAUCCCCACGAGGGCCAGCUAUCCAGGAAGCUCUCCGUCUGCACUGGGCACAGCGUGGGAAGCCCCUUCACCGCAUGUUCAACCAGAAGAGCUGUGGGGGAGUCUGUGGCAAUCCUGUGUGGGCGCGAGGAUUGGGAAAGACGCUUAGGUGCUGCAGGGGAGCCGUGAGCAAGCGGAAGAGCUGCCAGGGGGGACCCCAGACCCUGCCCCGUGACUGUGCUGGAGCACUGGGCUGGCUGGGUCUUGCUGCCCUCUCCUGCCCCUCUGAGGGCCGCCAGGGGCGGACAGUUCGCUUCAGCUGCAGCCUGGGCCGUCUGGGACUUGCCGGCCACCCCUUGCCACGUGCUGCUCACCGGGCAGGCCCAUGACCCCACGCAGGGGCCCAGAUGUCCCGAGCCGCCUCCCUGCCAGGCGGCGGAGUAGCCCUGAAGCCACGUGCCCCGUCACCGGUGUCUGGUGCUCCCUGUCCACCUGCCCUCCCCUAAGCCCCUGCGUCACCACCGUUCCAUUUUCAACUGGAGAACUGGGACACUAGAAGCCUCCCGGUCCCUGUCCCCUCUGCGGUGCAGAGGCCGCCGCGGGGCUCGCUUUUGUGAUGCCGGAAGGUUUGGCCAACAUUUUCAUACAAGUCCAGCUGACGGUGCUGAGGAGGCCAGCGCUCUGCCCGGGAGGCGGCUGGCUGGGGCUAGGCGCACUCGGCGGGCCUGGGAGCACAGAGCCAGUCCUGAGGCUGGGACCUGGGCUUGCGGGGCAGAGCCGCCAGUCUAGUCCUCUCCCGGCCUCGCCCUCGGCCCCGCCCAGUGCUCUGGCUUCCCGCAGUGGCUCUCACCUAUGGGCCCGGCAGAUCCUGCCGCCGCACCCCAGGCAUCCAGGAAGGCGGCUGUGCGAUCGGGGCUGGGUCCGCCAGGAGGCAGGGGGGCCGCGCCCCGUGGAGGGCGCCCCCGGAGUGGCCGCGGGUCGGCGCUGCCUGUCACCCGCACCUGGCUGUCCCCACCGACCCUGCCGGAUUCUCGCUCAAACUGGGCCUCCCCAUGGGCCUCCGGCGGCACCGCAGCCUGACGCCCGCCUGGGGCGUGGAGCCCUUCCUCAGGAGGCGCCUGCGUCUGUCCUUUUGGGACAAGAUCUGGCCGGCGGAGGAGCCAGAGGACGACGUCCCGGCGGCGCCGGGCCCCGACGCUGAGCCGCGAGCGCAGCUCUUCCGCGCGCUCCGCGACUUCGCGGCUCGCUGCCGCGGGGACCGGGAGGCGAACUGCGUCUUCGCCCGCGGGCUCUCCGGCCGACCCAGCGCCGGGCUGGUGCCCAUCACCUACGCGGCCGCGGCUGCUCCGGAGACGCUUGCAGAGCAGCCCCGGUACUUGAGUGGGAUCAGCCGGUCCCACGCCCAGCAGCUCCUCUUGUGCCCUGCCAGCGAACCAGGGGCCUUCCUUAACCGGCCCAGAGAGAGCAGCCUCGGGGGCUUCUCACUCUCAGUCCGAGCCAAGGCCAAAGUCUGCCACUACCGAAUUUGUACAGCGCCCGGCAGCAGCCUCUACCUACAGGAGGGCCAGCGCUUCCCCAGUCUGGAGGAGCUGCACGCCUACUACAAGGCCAACUGGAAGCUGACCUAGAACCCCCUGCUGCAGCCCUGUGUGCCCCAGAAGCCCCCGGCACAGGACAAGUGGGAGCGGCCACGCUCGGAAUUUGUCCUCUGGAGGAAGUUGGGUGAAGGCUGCUUUGGGGAGGUGUGGGAAGGCCUGUGGCUGGGCUCUGUGCCUCUAGUGGUCAACGUCAUCAAGCCAGGUGAGGCGGUGCUACCCCAAGUCCCCCAGCCAGGCCUGGGCCAAUGCCCACUGCCCUCUGACCCUGGGGACGCCAGGGGCAGGGGCAGCGGUGGCCUGGGCAGUCCUGGAGCAGAGGCCUCUCCUGCAGCUGACAUGAAGCUGGCCGAAUUCACCAAGGAGAUCGCGGCUCUGAAGAGCCUGCGGCAUGAGCGGCUCAUGUGGCUGCAUGUGGUGUGCUCCACAGGGGAGCCCGUGUAUAUCAUCACUGAGGUCCUGUGCAAGGGCAGCCUGCAGGCGUACCUGGGCACCCUCUCCCCCUGCAGGCCCCGAGGGCCAGCACUGAGCCUGCCACUCCUGCUGAGCUUCACUUGCCAGGUGGCCGAGGCCAUGAGCUACUUGGAGGAGUGGCACAUCGUCCACCGAGACCUGGCCGCCAGGAAUGUGCUCGUGGGCAAUGACCUCACCUUUGGCCUGGCCCGGCUCCUAAAGGAUGACAUCUACUCCCCAAGCAGCAGCUCCAAGAUCCCUGUCAAGUGGACGGCACCUGAGGCAGCCAAUUACCACAUUUUCUCGCACAAGUCUGAUGUCUGGUCCUUCGGCAUCCUGCUGUACGAGGUCUUCACCUAUGGCCAGUGUCCCUUUGAAGGUGUGAUGACCAAUCAUGAGACUCUGUGGCAGCUCAGCUGUGGGUACCAGCUGCCCUGCCCAGCUGCCUGCCCAGUGGAAGUGUACCUGCUCCUUUUGGAGUGCUGGAAGGGCAGCCCUGAGGAGCGGCCUGCCUUUGCCAUGCUGCGAGAGAAGCUGGGCACUGUCCACAGGCACCUGCACCUGGGCCUCACGUGACUGGGGCUCUGGGCCCAGGGUGGCACUGAAGCUGCUGCUCCAUGAAGGACAUCUCCCAGGACACUGCUUGCCAUUAACACAUAGCGUGGAUGUCACACAGCCAGGAACCCUGCACGCUUCCAGGAUCUGGCCAUGGGCUUCCAGUGCUGACCUGGCUACACAUGCGGGCCGUGCUUGGCCCAGACACACACCCCGACAACACGGGGCUGAUGUUCUCAGCCCUGUGUGGCCAGUGUUCCUGGCAUCUCUGGAAGGAGGGACAAAGCACAGAAAUGGAUUCUCCUGGAACCACUGAGGGAGCAGCCCCUGAGCCCAGAGGCCACCUCCUCCUCUGAGCUUCCUUUCCUUGGGCCUCCCUGGCUCCCUCCCCGGGUCACAGAGCAGAGGCCAGUGUCCCACCUGCCACACUGCUGCGGCUCCCAAGCAGAGCCAUCAGCACAAACUGUGCACACACCGGCCCAGCCCUGUGCCCAGGCACUGCAGACCUGGGCACACGCAGCACCACUCAGUGAGCAUGCUCCGACUCAGCCGUGUGCACCAGAACUGGAUGCUGGGGUCUGUCUUGGCUAGCAAAGGUGGGAGGGAGAGCUGGAGCCCAUCCAGAGCCCACGGUGCCCAGAAUGGACACAGCCUUAGGGGAGGUGGCAGGACUGGCAGAGGCAGGGGCCACAUGAACAGCCCUUCUGUCUCCCUGGGCCUGGCUGGAGCUGGCAGGCUGGGAUUGAAGUGAGCAGGCUCUGUCAGGCCAUAGGAAGGGCAGGCUGGGCAGCUGGCAGCUGCACUAUCAGCCAUUUCCAGGGCAGGACCUGCAUUUCAGAGUUGGUUCUCGGGACUGGCACUGGCUGGGAGGCAGUUUCCUGGUUGGCAGAUUAGGGGCAGUGUGUGUGGAAUGCACUGGUAUGCUGCAAACUAGGUGACAAGUGGCGCUCAGGUUAAAAGAAAAGCCCCAGCUGGGCCACAUUUACAUUUUGGGUGUGGCGCUUUGGGAGUGAGGUGUGGGCGGGAACAUGCAGUUGGCCCUUGAUUACCCCACAGGGACCUGGAUGGCACUUUACAGCUCCCAUUUGGAGGACUUGACCCCGUGUGCUACAGUUCAGGGCUGAGGUCCAAAGAGGGGACCGGGUCGUAAGGGCACCGACCACACCCCUGGGUGGACCACUGCAGAGUUCACUGCUCGGUGGCUGGCCAGGCUGUGGGCAUGUGGCAGGGAGUGGGCCCUGGGGUGCCCCAGAGCAGCCUGGCUGCAGGCCCGGGAGGGGGUGGACCAGGAGCCCUGGAGGUGGCACCGGCCCUUGUGUGGGGUGGGGCAGAGUGCUGUGGUCUGAGCCUCUGGAGAGUAUUUCAUGUCCCUGGCUCUCUCUUUGCUCUCUUA